CAUGAGCGUUCCUUGCGUAUCCAGGCCCGCCAUCCAAAGUUAGCCCCAAAUCUACCCGUCACAAGGGCUGCUUCUCCGUGUCAGUCCGCCACGAUAUCACAUGCAAGGACGGAUGGAUAGAUGCCCGGUUAAGUGGCUGCCCAAUUGCAACGCCACACUUUAAAACGCCAUAUUGUGAUGAAGCCGGAGCCCGGUAUGUUUUCAACCUGCGGGAGAGAAGGCCGACGGAACUGCAGGUUAGUCCGAAAUCCCGCAUCUUGGCUCACAGAAUAAGUCGAAUCUGUCGCAAGGGGGCAGUUCGUCCAAUGCCGAGCACGGGGCGCUGGAUAUGAUGGCGGAGUGACUCGCUCUGCACCUGUCACUUGCGAUUGGUGCCGAUUGCUUGUCGAUGUGAAUCUCACCUGUCCCAUCCAUGAGAAGGAGCACUUGAGAAGGAGCAACUGAGGCAUUGUGAGGCUGCGGUUAUAGGCGGGCGCACGGGCCAAUCGAGAUACAUAGGCAGACACAGCGCGUCAAGACCAAGCGCGCGUCCAGUUUUCCUACCAGGUAGCGAGGCGGGGCAGGCCCAACACCAAACGUUCCAAGAGUCUCAAUGGCGCUCGCCAUGAGGGUGAUAAGCGGCGGCAAUGGAUGAUUUCUCGGAUGAUGGAUUCGACGAGCUGAACGACACGGUGCUCCAGGAGCUGGAAAACAAUGCCAUACAACUCACCCAGGCCCAGACCUUCAAACAAACCCAAGCACCGCCGCAGAGAGCCGGCCAUCUGAGUCACCUCGAUGCUGAGGACGAGGAUCUCGACGAUAGUGUCGUCUUCGAUGAGCUGGCCCAACAGCCGGCUCACCCGCUCCCGACCCAGCAGAAGACCCUGAUAAUACAUACCGUGCACGGCACGCGGCAUUACCGCCCACAAUGGAACCAGCCACCGACAAACCAGCAACGUCCUUCACACCCCGCCGCGACACUCUCUAGUCGCCCUCGAUAUCCUGGCCCUCCGCAGCUUGGCAAACCCCGCGGUACACAGGCCACCAACGGCCAGGCCAAGCCUUUCCAGCGCCCGCCGCCUCCACGUCCAAUACCCCCAGCCCGACCAGCUGCCGGACCAUCCGUCGCUCCUCCCCGGUUCGCUCCACCCCCAUCUACUGGGCGCCCCCUUCUCGGGAACUUUUCCACGGGCAUUGCUAGUCAGGCGGUUCCUCACGCGCCACCCGGCUCCCAGAGCGACAACAUCAUCGCCUCCCUGCAGGCACGACUCAACAGUCUGCAGAAUGAGCUCACCACAGCCAAGGGGGAGGCGGCCCUACUACGCAACAAGUUCCAGGGGGCUCAAGAGGCACACGAGGCGGACCUCGACCGGAUACGCAAGCAGAAUGCGGACCAGCUGGCUCGACAGGAGCGCAUCGCGGAGCGGGCUCUUGCUGCCGAGAAGACUGUCACAACCGAACUUCACUUUGCGCGGCAGGAUCUGCGAGAGGAGAGAGGCGUGCGGACUCGAAAGGGGAAAAAGAAUAAAGAUAAGGAUGUCGGCGGCGCAACAACACCCAAGAAGGGAGCGUCCGCGAAAGGCGCCGCGGCCGGCGCUUCGCGUUCAAACUGGGCGAUCCCAGAUGGCUUCGACGAUGUCGAACUGAUGCCAUCCCCAAGCAAAGCCGCCGCCAGGAGAGCGAAAGAUCCCGGCUCUCAACCCCCGAGCCUUUUCUUUGGCGAAAGGACACCAUCCAAGGGCAAAAGAAAACGACCAGCUGUCGACAGCCCACUGUUGGGGGAACUAGAGAUGGAGAUGGAUGGAAGUUCAGUCAAGGACGAGCUAGGUGCCUCCAGCACUCGCCCUGGAUCGCUGCCCUUUGAUUUCUUGACACUCGUGCUCGACCAUGGAGCGUUACAUGACCGCCCCUUGACCUUUGAGCUUUUUUAUCGUUACUCGUUCCCCUCGGACCAGGCUCAAACAUUCGGCUCGCUUAUUUUCUCCAAGGUACCGCUACUAGGGAGCCCUCAGGAUCCCAUCCGACUGCUCAUCGACUUCUGUCUCCUGAUCAUCGAAUUGUGGAGGCGGUGCCUCGAAGAAAUGUACUACGAACCCAUCUACGACCUGGUAGCUCUUGUUUCCUUCACUCUGCGGCUCCGAACGGUGCAGGUGGCGCCACACAUUGUGGCAUACCUUUUGCCAAUCGCCCAGUCCACGGUCAACCUCGUUGCCGUACCAAGGUUUGAUAGCGUGGACGGCGAUCUAUCGAGCAAUCCCGACCCGGGCGUGCAGCGCGUGCUCGCUAGCGUCGACACUACCCCCAUUCUCGGGUUGAUGUAUCUCGCCGCGCUCGGCUGCGCGGGCGCCCCACCCGACCUCGUCGAUGGGCAAGAUCCAGCCUCGCCACUGUUACAGUACUGGACGAUGAUCCAACCCGAGUUUAUCCUCGCGCUGCUGUCGCCGAAGCAAAAGCCUGACGACUUCCUCGGCGCACUGGCGCUCUUGAGCACCUCGGCCCUGCAAAGCUCUCUGGGACCGGUGGUGCUGGACAACGAUCCAUCAAAGGAUGUACACGUUAUAGCCGAGGUGCUCAUCAGCCGCAUCAGCUACUCCCUCUCCGACCCGCCAUGCUGGGUUCCUAAACGGUCCCGGCGCAUGUGCGAGGUCAAGCUCGCGGCGCUUCAGACCCUGAUAGCUUUCGCUCGAACUUCGUUUGGUCUGGCCAAGCUGACCCAGAGCGACCGCGCCAUUCCACGGCUUGUCACCGUUCUCAGUGUGACUCUUGACAUGCUCUACGACAUGGAGAUACCGACAUCGGCCUUCCCGCUCGAUGACCUCAGGCCUGCUCCCUCUAGGGAGUUGCCGCCACAGGACGAGCCACAAGAUCCCAACGUGACCCAGGAAGAUCUUCAGGCGGGCGCCAGUGUGCCCAGUAAGGAGUCUCCAGGGGCGGGGGCAGCUAUAGACGCCGCGCCGAUCCCCGUCAGCACCGAGGAUAACCAUCCCCCAACGGCACUUUUACACGCCAUAAUAUCUGCCUCGGUCCUCCUCUUGCACACUGUGGUGACAGCCAUUCCGUCUGAAGAGGAAGUCAACGAUGCAGGAGUUAACAGCUCUAGCAACGUCGCAGCAAAGCUCGCGGCGUGGCAGGGCGGAUCCCAAAGGUACUUGUUGACUCUUGCGAGAAUCAAUUUUGCAGAGGAGGACCUGGUCUUGGAGGCAGGAAUCGACUCGGAGACUGCGGAGCUUGCCAACGAGCUGCUGGAGCUUGCCGUUACGCCGGAUGAAGGAGAGGGGGUGCGCAACGUGUUUGGGUUCGAGGAGACAUACUCUCAAGAGUGAGACUUCUCGGGCGAAGUCAUGGAACCCGACGGAGUUGAUAGUUUCCCAAACAGCUACUCAACAUUACUAGUAACACAUUCCCCGUUUUAAAAUCGCCUUGUGUGAUGGGCGAGGAAGAAAUACGGCUGGUUGCCUACAUUCUGGAGUGAACAAGCACUGGCCACGUCUUCUUCUCCUUCGGCACGCACUCUAUCAGUG